AUGCCUGUCUCUCAAACUUACGACGUGACCAUCGUCGGCGGCGGUCCCGUCGGUCUCCUCCUGGCCUAUCAGCUCACCCGCUUCGGACUCUCCGUCUGCCUUGUGGAAAAGCAGAACAAAAGUAGCCCCGAGGGCCGCUACGGCCGCGCCAUCACUCUUUUUCCGCGGACAUUGGAACUACUCGAUCAAUUAGAUCUCGUUGGCCCAAUGCUUCAGCAGGGAUUUGCAUGCAGGACCAGUGUUACAUAUAAAGACGGGGUUAGGCAAUUCCCCGGGAAGGUAUGGACAUUCAUGGAGAAAAUCGACGGCACGGUGUUUGAUUUUGCACUGGUAUUGAGGCAAAUGUACACGGAGGAGAUUCUGAGGGACAGACUGGAUCGGAAGACGACCUAUAAUGAUGGCAUGGAAUGUGUGGGGUUCGCGGUCAGUCAGGAUGGGAGCGAGUAUCCGGUGAGUGUGGAUUGUGUGGGUGUUGAACGGAUGACUUUCAAGAGGUAUAAAUAUCUCAUUGGCGCAGAUGGCGGUCACAGUAUCAUCCGCAGACGUGCCAAUAUUCCUUUUGAUGGGGACUCGUCGGAAGACCAGUGGAUCCGGAUAGAUGGUAUUGUUGAGACGAAUAUGCCGCUUAAUCGGUCCUAUGGGGCCAUUGAAACGACCACACACGGAAACGUUCUGUGGGCUCCUCUCGACCAUGGCGCGACCCGCAUUGGUUACGCAUACACGCCUGAAAUAGCAGCCCUAUACCCGGGUGGGGUAAGCGAGAAAGUCGCCAUAGACCAAGCCAUCGCGUGUAUGCGUCCGUUCAAUCUGAGGUUCAAAGAGGUACACUGGUGGACAUUAUACCAAAUUAGCCAGCGCAUGGCCCGCACCUUUGCAUCCUACGACAACCGGGUCUUCAUCUGCGGUGACGCAGCCCACACUCAUAGCAGCGGAGCUGCUCAAGGCUUGAAUACCGGGAUUCACGACGCCGUGAACCUGGCCUGGAAGCUGGCCCUAGAGAUCCAUGGCCUAUCCCAUGCGGAGGUUUUAGACACAUACACGACGGAGCGUCAGUCUGCUGUACAGAGACUAUUAGACUACGACCGCGACAUUUCCCUUUUGAUGACGCAUAAAUGGCCCGCUUGGUACAGGGGUGACACACGUGCAGACCCCAACAUCCUCCUCGGGCAGAUAUUCGACCAGGCUGCGCCGUUCAACACCGGACUGGGCAUUUCUUACGAGACCAACGUAAUUAAUCAGCCUUGGGGUUCUUCGGAGGUCGAUGUGGGCGUUCAAGCGGGAACUCGAGCUCCAGAUACCGAGUUGACCACGCCCGGGACGUUUCUGCCCGCGCGGCUGCACCAGGUCCUUCGGAAUGUGUGCAAGUUCCACGUGCUGGUGUUUUCGGGGGCGAAUGUCGACUUGUUUCAAUCGAGAUUACUGCCUCUACGGGGAUAUCUGGAUACCCAUCCUGAACUGCAACGACACCCGGCCAUUGCCUGGUUGACGGUGUGUGGGUCCGCCGGGUGUUCGCCGUGGGAGGUGCUGGGGAUGCCGGCUUUUGGGGAUACCUACUUUGACGCGCGGGGCAUCGCGCACCGGGCGUACGAAGUUGAUCCGCACAAGGGGGGCGUGGCCGUGAUCCGGCCUGAUGGGUUGAUUGGAUUCACCUGUGCGCUGGACGGGGAUACCCUGUGGGGAUACUUUUCCCGAAUCCUGAAGCUAGCAUGAUACCAACUAUCCGUAGCAUAAAUCCACCCACCCAUACUCACUAUAUACGAAACGCCAUAUAGCCAUGACUGACAUGGCGCUGUAGCAACGCACCCACCACCCAGUAUAUACACCACCCUAACUAUCUACUCAAACCCCCUCCUCAAAUUCUCAAACCGACUCACCG